UGCGGAUAUUCCUUUAGGGUUCUUAGAUUUUGGCGAUGGUGGGAGUGGCCGCCGUCAAAGACGUGGGAUUCCUCCUCGAUCGUCUCCUGGAUCCCAAGCAGCCGAUCUCCGAGCGCUUCCGGGCGCUGUUCGCCAUCAGGAAUCACCACGGCGAUGCGUCUCGAUCAGCGCUCAUCGCCGCAAUGCGCGAUCCCUCCAAUCUCCUGGCUCACGAGGCCGCAUUCGCUCUAGGUCAGAUGCAAGAUCCAGUCUCCAUCGCCGCACUACGCGAAAUCCUGUGCGAUGUCGACGGCGCGCACCCGAUCGUCCGCCACGAGGCCGCAGAGGCGAUGGGAGCGAUCGGCGAUCCCAGCUGCGUGGAUCUCUUGAGGAGCGUGUGGCGGAGCGAUCCAGCGCGGGAGGUCCGGGAGACUUGCGAGCUUGCUCUCCACAGAAUCAAGAUAAGUUCUUCCAAUUCCAAUCCCACGAACGAAGAUCGAGUACCAAAGUUCUUGUCCGUGGAUCCAAUGCUACCAGCAUCAGGAGAUUCAAGCACUUCCCAGCUCCGCCAGCUUCUUCUCGACGAUUCUCUUCCAAUGCACGAGAGGUACGCUGCGUUGUUUGCUCUACGCAACCGCGGAGAUAAAGAAUCCACCGACGCCAUCGCCGCGGCGCUAGAAACAUCCAAGAGCGCCUUGCUCAAGCACGAGGUAGCGUAUGUUCUUGGCCAGCUCCAAGACAUGGCCACAGUGGAGAUUUUGGAGAGAACUUUGGGUGAUCCCGGCGAGCAUCCCAUGGUGAGACAUGAGGCCGCGGAGGCGCUGGGCUCCAUAGCUGAUCCAAACUGUGUGGAGCUCCUCACAAAGUUCUUGGAUGAUCCGGAGCCUAUAGUUCAUCAAAGCUGCGAGGUUGCUCUAAGCAUGCUUGAGUUUGAGCAGCAGGGGAAACCAUUUGAGUACCUUUUCCAGGAAAUCAAAGUUGGCUCGGAGUAGCUUUCGUUCUAAAA